GCCGGGCCGGGCGGUGGCACGGCCGAGCCGGGCGGGAGCGCGGCGGAGCCGGUGAUGCUGCCUGGGAGGGUCCCGGUGCUCCGCAGCCCCGGCCCCGCUUCCCCACCUUCCUCUCUCCCUGCGGCGCUGCGCUCCCGCUGCCCGGCAGCCCCGCGGCCUCUCCUCCCUGCCUCCCGGUGCUGCCCGGUACCCUCCCAUCCCUGCAUCCUCCCGUCCUGCCAUCCCGGCAGCCGCGUCCGUUCUGCCCGGCAUCCCCGGGCCGCCGCAUCCCGGCAUCCUGCCGUCCCCGCAUCCCUCCGAUCCCGCGUCCUCCCGCGUCCCUGCGCGCCUCCAUCUCCCCGUCCCUGCGUCCCCGCAGCCCCGUGAAGCCCCGCCGAGGAGCUGAGCCGUGACGCUCCGUUUUGGGGGCCCGCACCGGCCCGGGGCGCCGCGGGCGGGCUCAGCACGACCCCCGCGGGCUCGGGACCCCCCGUGCCCACCCUCGGCGGGGAUGAGGCAGCGCCGGGGGGGACACGAGCGGCGCCGCAGGUAACGCUGGAGGCAGCUCGCAGCCCCCAGCCCACCAUGCCGUCGUCCAAGAGCCAGAGCGAGUUUUGGAUCGAUGGAUCCCACCGGGAGGCGGCACUGGAAGAUUUCUACAUCGUGGGCCCCGAGCUGGGACGGGGAGCCACCUCAGUGGUGUUCAGCUGCCAGGAGAAGGGCACGGGAGCUCCCUACGCUGCCAAGAUCCUGAAGAAAACGAUCGACAAAAAGAUCGUGAGGACGGAGAUCGGGGUCCUGCUGCGCCUCUCGCACCCCAACAUCAUCAAGCUGAAGGAGAUUUUCGAGACGCCCUCGGAGAUCGCGCUGGUGCUGGAGCUGGUGACGGGGGGAGAACUCUUCGACAGGAUUGUGGAGAGGGGCUUCUACAGCGAGCGGGAUGCGGCGCACGUGGUCAAGCAGAUCCUGGAGGCGGUUUCGUAUUUGCACCAGAACGGAGUCGUCCACCGGGACCUGAAGCCGGAGAACCUCCUGUACGCAGACCUGUCCCCCGAGGCGCCCCUCAAGAUCGGUGACUUCGGGCUCUCCAAGAUCCUGGACGAGCAGGACACCAUGAAAACCGUGUGUGGGACACCGGGCUACUGCGGUGAGCGGGGCCCCGGGGCCGGGGGGACAUUCUGGGGACAGGGAAAGGACAAGGGAGGGACAUUCCUGGGGGUUUUCCCUGCCCGAGGCCGGGCACAGCUGGAACAGCUGGGGCCCUGCCACAUUCGGUCAGCGCAGAGCCACAUUUCUGCCCUUUUCCUCUACAUUUAUCCAUUUUCUCCACAUUUAUCCCCUUUCCCUCUACAUUUAUCCCCUUUUCUCUACAUUUACCCCUUUUCCUCAACAUUUAUCCAUUUUCUCCACAUUUAUCCUUUUUCCUCCACAUUUUCCGUUUUCUCCACAUUGAUCCUCUUUUCCUCCAAAUUUAUCCCCUUUCCUGCACAUUUGCCCCUUUUCGUCAGAAAAUUGAUCGUUUUGGAUCCCCAGAGGAGGCUGACGGUUCAGCAGGCGCUGGAGCACCCCUGGGUCACCGGGAAGGCGGCGAAAUUCGCUCACAUGGACAGCACGCAGAGGAAACUGCAGGAAUUCAACGCCAGGAGGAAGCUGAAGGCUGCCAUGAAAGCCGUGGUGGCCUCCAGCCGCCUGGGCAACCACGGCCACCACGACUGCUCCCGCAGCGGCCGCGGCCAGGGGGGACCCCGGGGCCUGGCCCAGCCCGGGGCGAGCGGCGGCCCCGGGGCCAGCGCGGAGCUCUGCGCGUUCCCGAGCGACCACCCCGCCAUGGCCCCAGUGGCCCCGGUGGCCCCGGUGGCCCCGGUGGCCCCGGUGGCCGUGCCGGGGGCUGGCUGUGACAGUUAGCGGGCCCGGAGCGGUGACACCGCCGAGCCUUGGGGACCCCGAGAUGGGGCACGGGCCCGUAGCGGUGACACCGCCGAGCCUUGGGGACCCCGAGAUGGGGCACGGCCCCGCUGGACAUCCUCGUGUCGCGUCCCGUCACCCCCGGUCGCUGUCCCGUGUCUGUGCCCGCCGGCUGAGGGGACGAGGCGGUGACUUUGUCUUCCCACUCUGCAGCAGUUUGAGCCGUUGUGGCUCGGAAAGAUCCCGAAAAACGAGGCACAAACAGGAUUUGUCCCACCUUUCCCUUCAAAGGCAGCGCGUCGUCUUUAAGGGGUUCCUGUAAAUAACCCUGAAGAUUUGGUUUUCUGUUUGAUUUUUCUGCCAAUUUUUCUGUUUUGUUCUUCUGUCACCAGCCCAGCUGUGGGGCUGCUGUGUUAGGAGGGGUUUUAGGAGACUUGGACCUUCAAAUGUUUGAUCCUCUCAGGAGAACAACCCAUGCCAAGGCUUCCCUGGCCAUUCCCAGGCAGCAGCCGAGCCCUGGUUGUGGUUUUUUGGGUGUGUUCCCCACCCUGAGCCGUGCUGUGGGUCCCUGGUGGUGCUGGUGGGGUGGUCACGGGCUGGGAGUGCUGGUCUGGUCUCCCUUUGGCGUUCCAGGUCAGGACUGACACAAUUCUAACAGAACAAAUUUACACAACUCUUGAAUAUUGCGAGACUUUGCCACCUAACUGCUGUUCCCUGAGGGAGAUCAGUGAGUUUAUACCUUUUUCAAUUUUUGUUUUUUAAUGAAAUGGGCAGAGAGACUUCUUGAAAAGGAAUUUUUUUUUUUUUUUUAAGGCAGGAAACAGGAAUAGCCAUUUACAGAUUUUGAUACAGAGCAAAUGAACAGACAGCAAAAGCCAUAUUCCAUGUGGGAAUUGCAGAGAGCUGGUGGGAUCCUGCCAGGGUUGAGCUCUAAGGCAGCCACCAUGACCUGCACCCCCCACAUUUUGGGCUUAGAACAGUGUGUUCAGGGUAAAAAUCCCAUCUAGAGGGGAAUAAAUUUGUACAGGAGGUUCAUCCCCCCAGAAUGGGGGUGCAGAAUUGAGCAGCUGGGGUAGGAAGGGCAAAACAACCCCAAAAUUGGAGGUUUUGCCAAAGGUGACGCAGCGAUGAUGGACCUGAGGGUGACAGAACAGGGUCAGGAGGCUGAGGUGGGAGCAAGGUGAGGAAAAAUGGAUUUUGGGUUAAUCUCCAGCACGAGCAAAAAUCAAAAUAGCUCCAAGUUGGGAUCCAGCCCGGAGCUCAGUGGGGGCUGGGGAGCCAAAGACAGCAGAAAAAUGGGGUGUUCAAGAGGGGUUUUAACUGGGAAAAAACAUCAUGGCUUGGCCAGAGCUGCACUUUUGUGCACUUGAGUUGCUCUUUUGUGGGGAAGCAGCUGCCCAGCGAGGUGUCCCGGGGGGAACGGAGCCGCUGAUCCCGCGGGACUCUGCAGCACAGGGAAGUUCCCCCUUUUUCUUUGCAUUUUUGGCAGUUCUCCCCUCUCCUUUCUCUGGCCCUGAGGGCUGAGCCUUGCGGGGUGCUGUCCCAUCCUUGUCGUGUCUCUGUGGGAGCUGAAUUCCACCUCGUUGUUUCCCAACCCGGGUUUUAAAGACUGUUUUCUAGUUUUUGACAUGAAAUGCUGAUUAAAGCCCCUCGCAGGACCAGGCUGGCACCCCCGGAGCCUGCGGAGCAUGGAAGAGGCUGAAUUCCUGCAGGAUUCCCAGUCCUGCAGGAAAAUGGGAAUUACACUUGACAAAUCAAUCACUCAAAGUAUCCCCAGCGGGGGAAGGCAGCGGGAGGAAGGAGGGGGCCCGCAAGCAAAACCAGAACGGGAAUUUGUCUCUUAUUAUUAUUGUUAUUCCACAGGUAUCCGUAUUGACAGAUAGGAAAAGUACACUCCUGGGAGCGAGCCUGGGGAGGAGCUUUUGGGUCUGUUGCUGUUUGCAGAGUGUGUUUGAGUGACUGCUUCGGUGUGGUGGUGACAGUUCUGACAGCCAGGUGUUUCUAACCAAGCAGAGACAGCGAAUAAAGUGUCCAACCUCAGAGC